AGAACGUAGUAGAUUGUGGUUUCAUAAGGAUGUCGACCAUGUUCUGACUAAUAGCACGCUUCUUGGAGAUGAAAAAUCUUAAACUUUUCAUAAACUAUAACGCAUUCCUUGAUGGAGAUGUUGGUCAUCUCCCAAACAAGUUGAGAGUGCUUCAUUGGUAUGGAUGUCCUUACCAAUCUUUCCUGCCCAAUUUUCGUCCAAAGGAACUAGUUGUGCUCAAUCUACCUCGCAACAGGCUCAAACAACCAGGCGAAAGAUUGAAGCAUUUCACAAAGUUGACAUCUCUAAAUUUAAGUGUUUCAGUAUUUCUAACGGAAAUCCCGGACUUAUCCAGCAUCCCAAACUUAAAGUACUUGUAUGCACUGUACUGUAGCAAUUUAGUUGAGGUUCAUCCAUCUGUUGGAUAUCUCGGCAAACUUGAAGUAUUGGAUUUAAGUGGCUGCCCUAGACUUGCGAAGUUUCCAAAAAAAGUUAGGUGGAAAUCUCUGAAACAUUUGCUUCUUUCCUUUUGCAAAAUGUUCGAGAGUUUCCCAGAAGUGGUGGACAAAAUGGAAUUCAUAUGUGAAUUGAAUCUAGAUGGAACUGCUGUAAAAGAAUUACCUUCAUCAAUUGGACAUCUCACUGGGCUGACAACGUUAUCCUUAUGUUAUACUCCUCUAAAAGAGUUGUCUUCGUCAAUUGGAUAUCUCACUGCACUCGAACGUUUAGCGUUACAAGGAUGUAGAAACAUUACAAAUCUGCCAGAGAGUAUUUAUGGGUUGCAACAUCUGGAAGUUCUUGAUCUGAAUUUUUGCCCAAAACUCACACUUCGAAAUAACUUGAACUCUGAAGUUUUAUCGAGUGUGGAAUCACUUCCUUUGGAGGUCCUAACUAACUCAAACAUCUCACAUGACAACUUUGGCUCAUUAGCAUUUCCGGAACUACAAUAUGUAUAUUUUGAAGAUUGCAAUUUAUUAGACAUUGAUUUCCUGGAGAAUUUUGGUGGUUCGUCUGAAUUACAUCGGAUGGUUCUAUGCAAAAACAAUUUUAUCAGUCUUCCUGUAUGCAUUAGCAAAUUUGUCAAGUUGCGGCAGCUUGAUUUGAGUUGUUGCAAGAUGCUUAGAGAAAUUGUACAACUUCCACCGAAUAUAGAAGAGAUUGAUGUGGGUGAUUGCAUAUCACUGGAAAGAUUUUCAGCAUUGGAGGACGGAGACAUGCAACUCAUUCGUGUGAUGGACAUGUGUAAUUGCCGUAGGCUAUGCGAUAAUCUGUACGUUUCAAAGAUUGCAAAUAUUUUACUGAAUCAGAUGAAGAAGUAUAAGAUUGAGGUUAAACUUCCAGGCAGUGAAGUUCCAGAGUGGUUCAGUUGUCGUAAGGACGUAGGUGUGCUUCUUAAUCAGGAUUAUGGUUUUGAACCUUACUCUGACGAUAUAUGUGAACUUGUUGUAGAAAUCCCUCGGGCUUUCAAAUGGGAGAACGCAAAAUUGGUUUUAUGUGCUGUUUUCGAAAAUUGUUGUGGUGGCUCUUAUAACAUUGAGGCUGGAGUUACAAUCGAUGGAGUAGACACAUAUAAUGAUCGGUUUAGUUCAAGAAAGAUAGACUCAGCUCAUGUAUGGCUGCAGUAUAUUCCACUAGCUGAUUAUUUCAUCGAGCCGAAUGUUAAUGAUAAAGAGAGUGAUGAUCAAUUGAAGAAGUCUUACCUGUGUCGAGUUACUUUUUCCUACGGAGGCGAAAGGUUGCUCUUCAAAAGCUGCGGGGCGCACCUGGCUGAUAUCAGUAUGCCGAAGGAUGGUGAUGAUGGCAAAAAUGAUGAAAAUGAAUUAGAUGAUGAUGAUGUAGGUGAUGAAGUUCGACCCAGAAAGAGAAAAAAAUAUCACCUCUGACUUUCGAAACCUAUUUGAGGUUGACCAUUGUUUCUUCCAAUGUUUGUUGGUUUCUAUUUAUUGGCGUUGUGACUUUCUAAGCCUACAAUUGACAAUCAGAAGUGUUGCGGGGUCCACUGGCUACUAUCAGCAUGCAUGAGGAUGUUGAUCAUGAAGAUGAGGCUGAUGAUGAUGAUGAUGAUGUAGGCGACGAAGACUUAAAUGAUCAUUGGUCCCACUGAAAUUUCUAAAGUCUCCAAAAUAUGUAAUCUCUGUUUUGCUGAUGACCAUUUUAAAGAAAAUUUGAUCGAUCUGAUAUGCAGCAUUUCUUCUAGCAAAGUCUUGAAGUUGAAGGAGACCUUUGAUGUAUGGUUUCUCUCUUCUCCCCGGCCUCUGUCUGCUAAUAUUCAAAGGCAGCUGAUUCUCAAAGAUAUAAUUGGCAAUGGCAGCACAACUUCAAAUCUUUAUUCUUAUUUUUAUUGAGGUUUGAGUAUUGUGUUUUGUGUUGGGUUGUUCAGAGUUUUCAUUUCAAGUUUUGCUUAGUCGAAUCAAA